CCUUUCCUUUCCUUUCCUUGCUCUCGCACACACUCGAAAUUUUCCAACACUUCUAGACAUUUAAAAAAAUUAAAAGUCAAAAAAAAAAUAAAAUUCCAAGACUCUGAAAAAGCGGAAGAGGAAGCAUAGCCGCUGUUAUAGAAACAAACAAACAAACCAUCUACGUAGGCGAUCGCAAACCCUAGGAAAAAGCUUGCGAAUCUCUUAGAAACGGGUUUGCAGAUCAGAAAUGGAGCCUCUCUGAUCAAAGUUAGUUAUUCAUUUUCCCGGAAAAAAGCCAGUGGAGACUCUAUAGACAUAUAUUUUCACCUUCAUUUAUUCUCUGGAAUCUUCGAGCUUCCAAAAGUUCAAAUUUGCAGACUUGACAAGUUAUUCCACUUUCAACCUCCUAUAGUUAGACUCGUUGGUUGAUCAUACUAUAUUCGUCAUGGUGGCUAGCGCUGCUACUGCUGCAUUUUUUCCUGCUACUUCGUCGCUGCCUGACUCCGGUGGCAGAAAUUCCGGAAAUUAUGGAGGAAGUCUCCCUGCAGGUGUGGAUGCCCGUGGGAUCAAGUCAAAGUCCUCAUCUUCUGGGAAAUUACAAGUGAAGGCUAAUGCACAGGCCCCUUCCAAGGUUAAUGGAACUAAGGUUGGAAUCAAGACUGAUGAUGAUGUGAUCUCAUCACCUCCACCGAGGACAUUCAUCAACACAUUACCUGAUUGGAGCAUGCUCCUUGCUGCCAUCACCACUAUUUUCUUAGCGGCAGAGAAGCAAUGGAUGAUGCUUGACUGGAAGCCAAAGCGUCCUGACAUGCUUGGUGGCCCCUUUGGCUUCGGUAGAAUUGUGCAAGAUGGUCUUGUCUUUCGCGAAAACUUCAGCAUCAGGUCAUAUGAGAUAGGAGCUGACCGAACUGCGUCCAUAGAAACGUUAAUGAAUCAUCUUCAGGAAACAGCACUUAACCAUGUAAAAUCUGCUGGACUGCUUGGUGAUGGUUUUGGCUCUACUCCGGAGAUGGCCAAAAGAAAUCUAAUUUGGGUGGUAUCCAAGAUGCAGGUUCUGGUGGACCGUUAUCCUACUUGGGGUGAUGUUGUUCAAGUGGACACGUGGGUUGCAGCAUCUGGUAAGAAUGGGAUGCGGCGAGAUUGGCUUGUCCGUGAUUGUAAAACUGGGGAUGUAAUAACGAGAGCUUCUAGUUUAUGGGUCAUGAUGAAUAAAGAGACUAGGAGACUGUCUAAAAUUCCAGAUGAGGUUCGAGCAGAAAUAGAAGGCUAUUAUUUAGAUUCACCUCCUAUUGUGGAUGAGGAUGGCAGAAAGUUACCAAAACUUGAUGAUAAGACGGCAGAGUACAUUCGUACUGGUUUAACUCCAAGAUGGAGUGACUUGGAUGUGAACCAGCAUGUGAAUAAUGUGAAAUACAUUGGCUGGAUUCUUGAGGUAGACAUUCUCCUAACUUAUUGCCUUUUUGAGUUCAAUUGUAUGUGGAGAAUUCAGCUCUCAAGAAUUCUUGAUGAUUUAGGGAAGAAACUGGAGAAUUUGAAAUUUUAGGCUCUUAGACAUUCUCUAUCUGGUUGUUUUAAAUUGUACACGUGCAAAAGCAGAUGCUUGUGUUUUGUUAUCUGAAAUUGCAGUUAUUUGGCAUAAAAUAAGCUGGCUGCCACUGAAGUACUUGUUUUUGGACUAGUCAUAUUGUUAAAUGAUAAUGAAGGACGAGGGGAAAUCUCUCCAGGAUGUUUAGUUUUUUGGCAUAGGAAUGGAUAUCACUCCAGGUUGUUAGUUUUUUGGCAUCGGAAGGCUAAUUCCUUAUGCUAAGCUGAGGUGGUGAGUUUAACUAAGUAAUGGUAAUUUGAGUCGAUAUUAAAGCUGUGGGAUGUU